CAGCAACUGACGGUCCCCUGCAGCACACUGUACAUAACCUGUCCUUGUUUCUGUGUUGUAGGAUUGAAAUUCCUUGUCGAAAUGGGUAAAAAGUCGAAGGAUAAACGUGAUAUUUAUUAUAGGAAAGCCAAGGAGCAAGGCUGGCGUGCGAGAAGCGCUUUCAAGUUGAUCCAGUUAGCGGACAAGUUUAAUUUAUUCGAUGGUGUUACAAAGGCUGUGGAUCUUUGCGCUGCUCCAGGAAGCUGGAGCCAAGUGCUCUCAAGAAAAUUAUACAUGUGUGAGGAAAUUGAUGCUGAGGGAAUUGUUACGAUAGCUUCAAAUGGCAUUGCUCCUCCUCCUGAGAUGUGGAAUCGUGAUGCUAAGAUUAUCGCUGUUGAUCUACAGCCAAUGUCUCCUUUACCUGGAGUAAUUCAGUUACAAGGAGAUAUUACUCAGUUUUCUACUGCUCAAAAUAUUAUAACAAAAUUUAAUGGUGAUCAAGCUGAUUUAGUUGUUUGUGAUGGAGCACCAGAUGUUUCUGGAUUGCAUGAUAUGGAUGUAUAUGUUCAGUCCCAAUUGUUGUUGGGAGCUCUUCAUAUAGCUUGUAAUGUGUUGAGGCGAGGCGGUAAUUUCGUGGCAAAAAUGUUCAGAGCUAAGCAGAACCAUCUUCUGAUAUAUCAGCUGAAAACUAUAUUUCAGGAGGUGUCUUUUCACAAGCCCACAAGUUCAAGGAAUUCUAGUACUGAAGCGUUCGUCGUUGCUUUAAACUAUAGGCCACCAAAAGGGUUCAAUCCUACUCUCUUGACCAAUUACCUCGGGAUUGGUAAAGAUAAUUUCGACGGUUUGACUGGGAUCAACAAGUUCAUCAUUCCGUUCAUCGUUUCUGGAGAUCUAAGCGGUUACGAUGCUGAUGCCACCUAUCCACUAUAUCAGGAUGAUGAACCCGAGUACGAGUAUAGGUACACUGAACCGGUACAACCUCCUCUAAGGGUUGGAUAUUUGGACAACUCGCCAGACCCUGAAGAUUUGCCAAUGGAGUUGCCAGAGCUUACACCUCAACACAUCAAAGAGUUCAAUCUACCAUAUAAAAGACAUCGCGAUUACGUCAUCGAGCAGUUUAAAAUGCUAAUGCAAGACCACUCGUACGACGUCGCCAUUGCAUCGGAUGUACCGCAGGUGAAGGUUGAAAAGGUGCUGCCAGCGAUCAAUAACGAAGAUUUCAAUAGAGUACAGUUGUCCAUCACUUUGCCGGAGUACACUAUUGAGGGAGAUGGUAUUCUCAUAUCCGAAGAGAUUCCGCAUCCGCAAAGAUGCUGUGAGCAAAUGAAACCCACAUUUUUAAAGCUCUACGAUUACACAGAUGAUGCUCCUGAGGACCUAAAAAGGGUCUGCCAAUACUACGAGCAGCUCAAUAAAUAUUUCAACGAAGCGACCGGAGAAGAGAAUAACAUUUUGAAUGUGAACGCCAACACAUUGGAACAGUACAAGAACGAUAUCAGCACUUUCUAUCUGCCUUGCAGCUGCGGUAAAUGCGAAUAGCACUAAAUUGUACUCUGACAAUAUUAUUUAUACUUGUUCAAUUUUAUAAAUGCAUCUUAUUUAAUCGCUAAAUGAAAUGUUACUGUGUUUGUUACGAUAUGAGAGAAAAAAAGAAGAACAUAUUUUAUUCAAUAAUUAAAAGUCAAUUAAGUUUA